AUGGCCAGCGAGAGUGACAUGCGGCGUCAUUCGCUGCUCGAUAGCCUCGCGGUGCCCACCCCGAAGCAGCCGCCAUUUCACUCCGGAUCUGCCGCCGACCUGCCCACCCUGACGUCUGUAGCAGAGGACUCUGCCCAGCCUAAUGCUCCGCCUUCUCCCGCCGACCUCCCUCGAGAUAGCAUUUCUGUAGCCUCAAGUCAUGCCGUUCCCUCGAUAAUCGAACCUUCCGGUGGCUCCGGGUCCACAGCCGCCGCCACCGAUUACACACAGAAGCACCGGCGCUUUUCCAUGUUGAGAUUUCGCAACGCGUCAGACUCUCAGCUGGCCGCGAAGGCGAAGCUCCAUGCGGCGGCAUCGGAGAAACCCCCCCCUGUACCGCGCCCUCCUGAAAUCAUCACCACGGCGCCGGCGUUCAAUCCCGUCGCGCCCCGAAAGAAGCCCUCGCGGAUGAACUUCACAUCACGACUCCGCCGGUCUGGGGAACUGCCCAGGACCGGGGAGGCUGAUGAAGCAAACGGUCGACCUGCUGGCCAUGAGCCACGUUUUCCCGAGGAUGGCACCGGUAGCAAACAUACCGUGUCAUUCGACGAAACUAAUCGGCCAUCGUCCUUGCGCGCUCAUACGGACAGCCACCCUUCGACACUAGCGCUACCUCCCCAUAGGCUUUCCGAGUCCUCGAGGUCGGAUGCCAGCUCCGGUGACAGGUCCCACGGGGGUAGUGUAGCAAAUAGCCAAACGGCGCAUUCGACAACGGCCUUCUUCAGACUUGGACGCAGGAAACAUAAACAACCCGAGCCCUUGUUCCCUAUCUCGCACCUCCAACCGAAGAACCGACCAUCAUUCGCGCAAAACGCGAGUGUCUCGAGUUCUUCGUUUGCCGCCAGCGGGUCCUCUGCCACCAUUUCUCGGGCCAGCCAGUCCGCCCAGACGGAAUCGAGGACACCAUCAAGAAAUGGUGUCAGGACCCCGCCUCCCCAGAACCAAGCUGCCGCUACGGUGAGCAGGCCCGCCGCAUCCCCCGCAACCGCGCUGUUUCGACCCAGCUCGAGACAAUCCGGGCAGUCCUCACCGACCCGGAGCUACAUACACAGAAGGGGUAGGUCCUCUACUAUGAGCUCGCUUGGGAGGAAUUCGCCACGGGAGUCGGUAGAUGAGCACUUGGCGCUUCCAACUACCAGGACAUCACUUUCGAUAGGACGAAAGAGUUUUGGUGACCUCCUCGGCCUUAGCCGGCUCCGGCAGAAUUCAGAAAUGAUGUCCGCUCGGCAGGGCUCCUUAACACCCGUGACACCCGGCUCCAACGCCUCCAAAAACAACUCGCUGCAGCUACCUCGGGACUCGGUCGUUCUACCAGAGCGUCGGGAUGACGAUACGCCGGCAAGGUACCUUGAACGUGUGCUAGAGGUUGUCAACCGGAGUGUGGUGGCUGCCGCCCUCUCCAAGAGUACCGACCCCUUCUCCCUAUCGGUGUUAAGAAGUUAUAUGCGUGGCUUCAGGUUCUUUGGUGACCCUAUGGACAUGGCCUUAAGGAAACUUUUGAUGGAAGCGGAGUUGCCGAAGGAAACUCAGCAGAUCGACCGCUUCCUGCAAGCCUUUGCCAACCGUUACCACGAAUGCAAUCCUGGGAUCUACUCCUCACCUGACCAGGCCUACUUCAUCGCCUUCUCUCUCCUUAUCCUCCACACCGAUGUAUUUAACAAGAACAACAAGCACAAGAUGCAAAAAGCCGACUACCUGAAAAACACGCGAGGGGAAGGCAUCUUUGAGGAGAUACUCGAGGUCUUCUACGACAACAUCACCUACACGCCCUUCAUUCGCGUUGAGGACGACCUAGAUAUCAAUGGCGACCGCAUCAGUGUCCAGAAGGCCAGGAAGCGGUCAAUACUUCCAAACGGCGCUCCCGAUCCGGCCAAGAGGGUCGCAAAGGAGCCGGUAGACCCAUAUGCGCUCAUCCUUGAGAACAGGCUGGAGUUGCUUAGGCCGAACCUGAAGGAAGUGAUGCAACUGGAUGACCCCUACAGCUACCUCGGAACCUCAAAGUCUCUCAACAUGAAGGAGCUCCAGAGGACCUUCUUCAAGACCGGCGUGUUGCAGAUAAUUUCGGCAAGAUCACGUCCCGAGGCCUUCAUGACGGAAAAGACGGCCACAAAUCCGGACGCGGCGCACCCUGGCAUUGUCGACAUCAAGAUCACCAAGGUCGGUUUGUUGUGGCGGAAGGACACCAAGAAGAAGAGGACAAGGUCUCCUUGGCAGGAAUGGGGUGCCAUACUCACCGGUGCUCAACUCUACUUCUUCCGCAAUACAACCUGGGUCAAGGGAUUGAUGCACCAGCAGAAGGAUCACCUUAGGAAGGGCCAUGAUGGCGAUCCGUGCAUCUUCAAGCCACCCCUGGAUCAGUUCAAGCCCGACGGACUGAUGUCAACAGACGGUGCGGUGGCGCUGCUGGAUUCAAGCUACAACAAGCACAAGCACGCCUUUGUGUAUGUCAGACACGGCGGCUUCGAGGAAGUCCUACUCGCGGAAGACGACGAGGAGAUGAACGACUGGUUGGCAAAACUCAACUAUGCCGCCGCCUUCAGGACAUCCGGCGUCCGGAUGCGAGGCAUAAUAGGAGGUAACUACGACGGGCAGAGCCGGCGAGCCAUCAGGGGUUCGGGCAGUGGCAACGUUCAAGUCAUUCAAACACCGAACGGUGAGGUUACUGUCGCUCGCAGUCGGAUAGACCACAAGAUGGCUCAGGAUAUCAUUACGGCUCGGAGGGAUAUCAUGCGCCAGAAGAUUGUCGACUACGAUGAGAAGCUUAAGGAGGCUGAGGCGGUUCUUGAAUCUCAGCUGCGGAACUCGAGACACCUCCAGAUCCUGGCCCCGAUUUCCCCAAAGACAAGAGAGCAAAUGUUGCUGUCAGCAGCACGGAUGGCAGCGCAGUUGAAAUGGACUCGGAUGGAGAUUUGGAAGCUAAAAUGUCACCGUGACAUCCUGCAGAUGGAUCUCGAGGAAGAAGGGCCGUCAGUUAACCUGUCUUCAGACACACAGAUUGACCUCGGAAAGCCGAUCACGAGGGAGGAGUCCAAGGUCAGCCAGGUCUCAGCUGCCCACAAAAGUCCACGGUCUCCGGUCCAACUCUCCCGGGAAAGAAGUUCCAUUAUCACCGCAAAGUCCGACGACGACGACAGCUCUUCAGCCGUCGAAGAAACCUUCCAAACCCCGCCCACCAGUGCAACCGUUAGCCGGGAGGAUUCCUGGAGAGUGUCCGAGCUCAACGAUCCCCUCAAAUCCUCGGUCUCUGCAUCAGUUGGAUCUGAGUCAUCCAUUCCAGCCACGCCAACGAGAAACGAGGCGACUUCGUCCGCAUCGCCCGAGAAGUCCCAGUUUGACCAUUCGGAUGACGUGGAUGCAGACGAGCGGGACUUACUGGAACAAACAGGGCUGCUUGAGCCUGAGCUUUCGCGGACAUCUGAUCAUAGGGUCACAAGCAGCGGCGCAGACACGGAAGAGGGCCUUGAGCGGCGCGAACGUCCUGCUAGCGGCACGCCUGGAGAUCGGGGCGACAGGAGUAAGAUCCGCCGCAGCCUGCAGCGCACACUCCGAGAAGGCGCUGGCCUUUCGCACCACCGGCAUCGCAGAGCCAAGGACUCGACGUCAAACGCCACGCUGUCCGAUGACGCGAACCGUGACGCCCCGGAUGUUCUACCGCGCGGCACCGGAUCUUUCGUUGUGCACGGCAAGAAAGCUUCGGUGAUCACCUUCGGUAACGAGCUGCAGAUGCAAGCCCUCGCUUCCGAAGAGCGCAUCCGCCAGAGAAUGCAGCGAGACGACGCAGCGAGCAGUCGCACCGCCGCGGCGGAAAGUACGGAUUUCCAGUCGAUUCUUACGGCACGGUCCGUCUCCGAUCGGGAGCAUCGUGGGUCAGGUGCGAGCGCGAGCACCGCGACGGCUCGCAGCUUCAGGGAGCUGCACCGGAAGUUCUCGUCUGCCCAUGCUGCCAACAGGACCGUGGGCGGUAACCUCACCUUGCCAUCCGACGAGGACAGCGAUGCUGCGGUCAGCUUUUCUGAAGGACGGCACACGCCUCUGCCGCCUAUUGACGGCGAGGAGGAGCGGGAACGGGAACAAUCGCAAGCAUCGAUCGUGGAGGCAAGCAACGAUAGCGCGGACAAAGACGGCGCCGAGUACCUUGAACUCAGCCCGCCGCCUAGUCGCGAAGGCCGCGAUACGGUGUUUUUCACCCCGGAACCGCCGUCGUCUCCGGUUGCCGAGACAUCCAAUGAUAAUGAUAGAGAGGUCGAGCAGAAGGAGACGACUGAGGGCAGCGACCCGCUCCCGAGUCCGCCGUUGCAGGCUGUCAGCGCCUAG